AGCUUCACAGAGUUAAACACAUGCAACAUAAAAGAAUGCAACACAUCUUUGCACCAUUAAACAAAUGUUCCACAGCAUGAACAAAUGUGACACAUUUUUAACUAAUAUUCUACAACAGACUCUAUUCUCAGGGAUUAAUUUAUAUACAUUCAUACAGUGCUCUUUAGAACUGGGAGCUGUAAAUACAAAUCCUGGCUCUUUCCAUCCAAGGGAAUUCCAAGGCUGUGGAGAAACCCCCUAUUUUAUGUGUUGGAGUGUUUUUGCCUGCGUGUAUUUAUAUGCAUCAUGUGUGUGCCUGGCGCCUGUGCAGGUCAGGUGAGGUUGUUUUGAUACCCUGUAUCUAGAAUUACAGACAGUGGGUGCUUGGAACUGCAACCCGUCCCCUCUUAACUGCUGAGUCAACUCUCCAGCGGUCAGUUUCUUCUUACUCCUCUCACCGCCACCCUAGAGAGGCUACAUGAGCGUCUGGAGCUGUCCAGGCCAGCUCCUUCCUACACCGUAGCCAUCAAUAUCAGCUUUUUCUGAGCUACCGAGAGGAAAGGUCUCAUCCCUGACCUGGGUCUCUUCAUGUGCAAUUGGUCAAGAGGCUUCUCUCCAAACCUUACACCUUUUCUUUGAGUCUGAGCUGCCCCCCUGCUUUUUGUUUUGAGACAGGGUUUCUCUGUGUAACAGCCCUGGCUGUCCCGGAACUCCCUCUGUAGACCAGGCUGGCCUUGAAUUCACCAAGAUCUACCUGCCUCUGCCUCUCGGGUGCUGGGGUUAAAGAAGUGCGCGCACCACCGCCGGGCUCUGCUGCUUUCCCUCUUUAAGAUUUGUUUUAAAGUAUGGGUCUCUGUGUGGGUGUGUGCACGUGAGUGUAGGUACUGGUGGAGGCCAGAGGCAUAUCAUCCCCUGGAGCGGGAGUUAGUUGUGGUUGCUGGAACCGAACUCAGGUCCUCUAAACGAGGCAAUCUUAACUGCUGAGCCAUCUCUCUCCAGUUGCCCCUCUCCCCUUUAGCUCCUUUGUCUUUAAUAAGGGAAAUUGAGGCAGCAACAGGGCAGUUGCAGUCCAUCCGUCACUUCCCACCAGGGGUCACUCAGCUUUUUUUGGUGUCUCCCAGACUAGCGCCUGUCCCCAGUCUCUGCACUCAGACGGCAGCAGAGGGCGCUCGCAACACAGAGAUGCACUCCCUGCACCUCGCAAGUCGGACCGAGUGGAGUCUGGGUGGGGAAGCAUUAGGAAACCGGGUUCGGAACUCUCUCCCCACCCAGGUCCGGCCCCUAAGGUUCUCAGAUGCUGGGAUGUGGCUCAGUUGCUAGAUGGCGAUGUGGCUUCUUAUACCUAAGCACCCCACCACGCCCCUACACGCUUCUCGGAGCUGUUGGGCUGCUGCAGGCGACAUGAGCUCUCUCACCUACCGCCACCGAUCUGGGUGCUCCGCCCCAGACUCGCAGACAGAAGGCAAAUGGACCCUUGGGCCAGGCCGAGGUCUCAGCUCCCGGCACGCACCGAUCUUCUUCUGUAAGUAUCCUUCCCAGGACCUCGAAGACCCCAGACACCUGGCUCUCCGGACUUGGCCCGCGGCGGUGGGGAGGAGAAAGGAGUUGGGGACCGGGGGAGUAAAGGGUGCGGGUCGCAGGUCCGCUUUCCCACCAAACGCACCUUCCAUCCACCCUCGGUCGGAUCUCCCGCCCCGCCUCCUUCCCUCCUCCAGCUCCCGCCCCCAGUCUCCUCCCUCCUCCCGCGGUGCUGGCUCUCUUCCCCACGCCCCUGCGCGGCGGGCUGACUGCAGGCGCCGCACCGGGAGAGAGAGAGAGAGAGCGCCUUUUCCCAGCGCCGGCCGCACUUCCCCAGUCGGUUCUGUGCGUCCUGCAGUUGUGCCGCGCGAAGGCGCGACUUUCCUCCGGUCCCGGGACGGCAGUGGGACAACUUGGAAAACUUCUCUGGGGUGGACUGCAGGGAUGCCGGGCAUCGGUGGAAGAGGAUGUAGGAGAUCGUUGGCUGGUCCCGGGUGUCCCCGGACCUCCUAGGCCGCUAUCGGUCAGGCUAUGGGGCUCCAGAGCCAUCCGCACUGCUGGGUGGACGACCCCCUGCUGUAGCGGAGCCAGAGUGGCGCUAUCUCCUUUGGACCGUGGGUUUGGCCAGCAGCGAUCCCUCUGGACGACGUAUCCGGCCCCGCCAUGGACCACCAAGAGCCCUACUCGGUGCAAGCCACCGCCGCCAUCGCGUCGGCCAUCACCUUCCUCAUCCUUUUCACCAUUUUCGGCAACGCACUGGUCAUUCUGGCUGUGUUGACCAGCCGCUCACUCCGUGCACCACAAAACCUGUUUCUGGUGUCACUGGCAGCCGCGGACAUCCUAGUGGCCACCCUUAUCAUCCCUUUCUCUCUGGCCAACGAGCUACUGGGCUACUGGUACUUUUGGCGCACCUGGUGCGAGGUCUACCUGGCGCUCGAUGUGCUCUUCUGUACCUCCUCCAUCGUGCACCUGUGUGCCAUCAGCCUGGACCGAUACUGGGCAGUGAGCCGAGCAUUGGAGUACAACUCCAAGCGCACGCCGCGCCGCAUCAAAUGCAUCAUCCUCACUGUGUGGCUCAUUGCAGCCGUCAUUUCUCUGCCGCCCCUCAUCUAUAAGGGCGAGCAGCGCCCGGAGCCCCACGGGCUCCCCCAGUGUGAGCUCAACCAAGAGGCCUGGUACAUCUUGGCUUCCAGCAUCGGAUCUUUCUUUGCUCCCUGCCUCAUCAUGAUCCUCGUCUACCUGCGAAUCUAUGUAAUUGCCAAACGCAGCCACUGCCGGGGUCCCAGGGCCAAGAGAGGCUCCGGGGAGGGUGAGCCCAAGCAGCCCGGCCCUGUCGCUCGGGGAGCUCCAACCUCAGCUAAGGUGCCAGCCCUGGCCUCUCCUCUGUCUUCCGUGGGAGAGGCCAACGGACACCCCAAGCCUCCAAGGGAGAAGGAGGAGGGGGAGACCCCUGGAGAUCCCGAGUGCAGGGCUUUGCCACCCAGCUGGUCUGCCCUUCCCAGAUCGGGCCAGGGCCAGAAGGUCGAUGGUGGGGCACCUGCAGAGGAGGGAGCCGAAAGGCAGGAUGAAGAGGAGGUGGAAGAGUGUGGACCCCGAACACCGCCAGCGUCUCCUGCCUCUGUACGCAGCCCACCCUUGCAGCGGCCUCAGGCUUCCCGAGUGUUGGCCACGCUUCGUGGGCAGGUGCUUCUGGGCAGGACUGUGGGUGCUGCCAGUGGGCAGUGGUGGCGACGACGGGCACAGCUGAGCCGGGAGAAGAGGUUCACCUUUGUGCUGGCAGUGGUCAUUGGCGUUUUCGUGGUCUGCUGGUUUCCUUUCUUCUUCAGCUAUAGCCUGGGGGCCAUCUGCCCACAGCGCUGCAAGGUACCGCAUGGCCUCUUCCAGUUCUUCUUCUGGAUUGGCUACUGCAACAGCUCCCUGAACCCUGUUAUCUACACCAUCUUCAACCAGGACUUCCGACGUGCCUUUCGAAGGAUCCUUUGCCGGCAGUGGACCCAGACUGCCUGGUGAACCUGCCUGCUCGCUGCCUGUGCCUAGGUUGAUGCCAGGACCACCCGAUGGUUGUCCCUCACCCCCAUAGUCUAUGUGGCCAUUUUCCUGGGGCCCCCUUGCAGACCUCAACCUCAGACUCCCCCCAAAGGGGAAAGGACAAAAGUGCUGUUCCCAGGGGCCCAUUGGAAACCUUCCCUUGCUGACUGUACUGUGGGGUAGCUCUUCUCCACGUUCCUGAGCAAGGGUAGCUUGGGUCUUCUGGAAUGUAGCCAAGGCCAGACUGGAUUGGAGUACCUCCCUCCCAGUCACCUGUAAGCCAACAGGCCGGGCUUCCCUUUUCUGGAGACCCCUGUGCCUUGGCAGGCCACUCACUUGUGGUAUUCUGUUUUUCUUGGGUUUGGGGGUUUUAUUUUUUGUUUUGUUUUGAGACAGGAUCUCGAGUAGUCCAGGUCGGCCUCAGAUUUGCUGCGCAGCCUAAGGAUGAUCUUGGAAUUCUGAUCCCCAUGCCCUCACCUCCCCAGUGCUAGGAUUCCAGGCGUUCCCCACCGUGUCUGGUUUCUGAGAUGCUGGGGAAUGAAUUCAGGGCUUCAAGCAUGCUAGGCCAGCAUUCAGCUAGCUGAGUUACAUCCCAAGCCUUGAUUCUUCCCCAUGCCUCUCAAAGAGCAGGAAGUCAGUUUUCUACACUUCCAAGGAGGACCUGCUGCUGAGAAAGAGGAGGAAAUGAGGAGGAUUCACCCAUGUUGAGCACCUGUGGUUCCACUGGCUACUGGGGUAGGGGGUGAUGGGCUAGCAUUGGUUUUUAGAUUUGUGGCUCCUUUAAGGUUAAAAGCAUGGAUCGGUUUUGUCACUCAGUACCCUCUGGGAGGCAAGUGGGCACGUGGCUGUCUCAUUGGGGAGGUCUGGAAGCCUGGCCUGGCCUCAAUAGGAGCUCCUGAUCACUGGCAUUCACCCUUGCAAAGAGCAGGGCGACAAUUGCUUGCCGCCUACUUGCGGCAGGGAGAUGAAAGGCUUUGCAGAGAGCUUUGAGCUCCAUGGGGGAAAAAAGCUAGAGAGCCAGCAAAUGUGAUUAUCUGGUGAUAUAAAAAUCCCCUUCCUAUGUGUUUACCACCAUGAGCCUUCCUGUAGACUUUUGUUCUGUGCUUGGGGUGUGUGAACUCCUACCCCAAACUGGAAGUGGGUUGAGGUGCACCGAGUCACUCUUUCAGAUUCCAGGAUUUCUUUGAGAAUGCAUUCUUGUACCCAAAAAGGUUUGAGUUAUUAUGCCGGUGACAGCUUCUCCAUCUGUUACCUGUAACGCCGACAGAGUUUUCAGUGGCUUGGCCCCAACCCCAUUAGGGGAUAAGUCCUUUGUCAUCGAGCAGGCAAAUCGUUUCCCUAAGCUAAAAAUACUCACAUCAAGGAAGCAGUCUGAGAUGAGAUCCUCAGGUAGGGUGCUGGGGCUGGAGCAGGCAGCCAGGGCCCUGUGGAUUCUGGGAGAGCCACCCGCUCCAGGGCCCAGACAACUCUACGCACCCCAUGUGGAGCCUUUGGAGGCAUAACUAAUUCUACCCCAGCCCAGAAGAUGCCUUGCUGGCUGUUAAGUUAACCCUCACAGUGAAAUGGAUAUGCACUGGGGUGCCUUUACCUCCUGGUUGUCUCCCCCACUUAGGAAUUGUUUCCCAGAGUGACUGGGCAUCUGUAAAGGAUGUGUCUGGGUCUUCCCCAUGGGCAGCCUGACUUCAGCUUUGGGCAAUAGAACUCUUAGUCUCAGGGAGGGGUGACUUGAGCCACACAGGCUGCUAGCCCAGGGUGGAUUUGUCCAAUUUGGAAGGUGCUCAUGGAGUUUUCACAGGUAGCAACAAUGGUGGGUACUAGGUGGGUACCUGGGGAGGACGUCUGUCCAGCUUGGUCCUCGUUGGUUGGUUGCAGUUGUGAGGCUAGGACAUUGACUUGGGGUGUAGCUGAGGGGCUGAUUUGUAAUCAUCUGCUGGCUGAUCUUGUUUGUGUAUGCUCUGUGGGACCCAGCCCUCCUGUUGUGACAUGCAGGUAUUUCUAAGACUCUGAACUAUUUUAUCAAUAAAGGCUAUUUUGUAAUAAGCAA